GGUUCCAUCAUUCGUAGUUCAGCAUUGUUUCGGAACAGUCACGCAGCUCCUCCGAUCACCGGUACAGGGAGAGAACAUAAAGUGAGGAGAAGGAGGUGGUACACAAGCAGUAGAAAAAAACACACACACGAAAGGACACAGCAACUACGUAUUUGUUGUGUUACCGUGCAGUGGUGAAACAUACAGUGCACAAGAAAAUGGUUCAAGCGUGGCGAGGGCAAUUGGUUUAAAGCCUAACGCCUACUGCGAGUGCUGUGUUUAGUGUAUCCCCUGGCAGGAAGAUUAUUUAAAGCGUCUUACCCAUACCCGCACCCGCCAUGGAUCAGCAGCAUCCGCUACUGAUCGCUAGCGAAAACAUUCACGACAGUGGCAUCAUUGAGGAUGUACACCAGGAAUCGGAGGACACCGGAAACGAGGAUUACGGUGAUGAAAGCAACCUCGAGUCGAACCUGCGCCGGCGGAAGGGAAAAAUUAUUUCCUGUGUCGAAAAUGCAUCAAGAUUAAUACGGAGACGUGUGCCUUGUGCCGGCCAUUUGAUGACACCCCGUCGGCUAUGGCUGAACAAAAUUCCAACCCAGUGUGACGUAGUGAUUGAAUUUCCAGAAGACGCCCCAGACGAUGCGCUACGAUGGCUACUAAACAGGAUCAAGGCAAACCCUCCCGAAGGACUGGGACUGUCAGCGAUGGUACGAGCGCACGAAAGCACAAAACGAACCGCAUUCUAUAUUACCGCUCCAAUGAAUGUAUUAUUCAAGGCGGCCGAAGAUGCUCGCCUGCCAAAGCGACUGCGAACCGACCUAGGUGGCGCAUUGAAGGAGUUCACCAAACGGGAAAGUCAUUGCUUCGCCCAAUCGAAGGACAACGAGGGUGCCAACAGUCUCUUCACGUCCCAGGAACGGCAAUGGCUCGUGCUACAGGUACUGCAGGGUUUGCGAGCGGGAACGCUCGAUCUAAAAGCACUGCAGGGCAGGGCACAGGUCGAGGAGGGACAAAGCAUCGUGGCCGCCUGGCAGGAGCUAGGCCUAAUAACGCAGGUUUUUCCGCUCCACGAGACUACCGCCUUGCAGCAGCUACAAUCCAGCUGGGUACGGAAAUUCUUCGCACCGCAGCCCCUAGACGACAUAGCGGCAUACUUUGGAGUUAAAGUGGCGCUCUACUUUGCCUGGCUGGGACACUACACCUGUGCACUGUGCGUACCAGCCGUCCUGGGAACGAUUCUGUACGCAGGGCUUUGGGGUCGAGGACAGACGGCUCAAGACAUUGGACACGUCAUUUUCUCGCUUUUCAACGUUGCCUGGGCGUCACUCUACCUGGAAGCGUGGAGGCGGUACUCGGUCGAGCUGGCUUUCCGCUGGGGCACAUUGUCAACGCCGCCCGAGCUGCUAGAACCGCCGCGGCCACUGUACAAGGGGCCACUUGAGGAAAGUUCCGUGACUGGACGGUUGGAGCCGAAGGAAGCACCGGCCUGGCAGCGGCGAGCCUUCCGUUAUCUAGUUAGCUUUCCAAUUAUAGGCCUCUGCCUGGUGUUGGUGUUUGUUGUGAUGUUCCUGAUGUUGAGGCUGCAGGAUUGGCUCGAUCAACACUUACCCUAUAGCAGUGCUGGCCUGUGGGAGUGCAUGUGCAUAGUGUCUCAGGACUGGUGGGAUGCAAAGCUGCCGGAGCAGGGCGUUUUCAGCUGUUUGAGCGUUAUACCAAAGGUCCUGCUAGCAGGCGCCAUUACACUAAUGGACGAAGCGUACUACAAGCUCGCCGUCUGGCUGAACGAUAAAGAGAACUAUCGGCUGCAGUCGAAGUACGAAAAUCAUCUCAUCGCCAAGGUGGCCCUUUUCCAGUUUGUCAACAGCUUUCUUUCGCUCUUUUACAUCGCCUUUUACCUGCGCGAUCAGGACAAACUCAAGGAGCAACUGGCUGGGUUGCUGAUAUCGCGGCAAAUUAUCGGUAAUCUACGCGAGUCAGCCUGGCCGUACUUGGUGGAGCAAUGGCGCCUGGCGAAACUAAGCUUCAAAAUGUGGGGUGCCCUCAGCCCAACGCAGGAGCAUCCUCCUAAUGUUGCGUCCUCCGCUUCCACCAGCACCAGCACUUUGACGGUGGGCUCCGGUGAUGGGAAGCAGCUCGAUGAAGGCAAAAGCCCGUCCGAGUUCUCCGCUUCCUCUACUCCGCCGAAACGAUCAAUCGGGCAGGCAGAAGUUGAAAGCUCGCUGUACAAGUACGAUGGAACAUUUUCCGAUCAUCUGGAAAUGUUAGUUCAAAUGGGUUACGUAGUGCUGUUUUCUGCCGCAUUCCCUCUCGCUGGACUGUGCGCAUUGGCUAACAAUCUGCUCGAAAUCCGUUCCGAUGCAUUCAAACUGGCGCAUGUACACCAGCGUCCAUUUGGUCAACGUGUAGCAAAUAUCGGCACCUGGCAGAACGCGCUUGGUAUGCUCGGUCUGGCUGCGGUUAUCGUUAACUGUGCCCUGAUUGGACUCUCGGGCCAAGUGUCUCGUCUAUGGCCUGGCCUUACCUCAACCCAGACGGUCAUUUUGAUCGUGGCGCUCGAGCACAUCAUGCUUGGAUUGCGGUCCGCGUUGACGUGGCUACUGCCCGAGCUACCUUCCUGGCUGGCGGCCGAAAUCGCCCGUGCCGAACACUGUCGACGGGAAAUGCAAUGCAAAGGACCCUCACCGCGACAAACGCCUCCCUCACCACCAUCCUCUACUUCCAUCUCGCACCAUGAUCAGGACUUCAACAGCAAUCAGGACAUUUUCGACAAAACUGAACAGUCCGUUGGCAGAUUUCACAUAUCUCCUAGUCAUGACAAUAACCCAGACAGUGGUGAACUAGAGCGAGCAGCCAAGCUGGAUAACCUCGGUAUUCACCCGGCUUCUCCCGCCGCUCAACAAAUGCGCCAAGAGCAGCAGCUACAGCAGCAGCAGCAACACCACCAGCAUCACCAUCAACAACAGCACAAAAACUCCCAGAGCAGUUGCGAUAAUAUGGACAUUUUUGCCAUGGACACGCGCGAUGUUUCGCCCGAUUCGCCGAUCUCUCAGACAAGCACAGUAUUAUUACGACCUCUUCAAGAUUCUCCCCUUAGUGGUCAAUCUGCACAAACCGUUGCAUUAGAAUCGACACAAACGAAUUCAGGUGCAUGUCUUAAGCAGCCAAGCAUUAAGCUCGCCGACAUACCACCCUUCCGAGGACAAACGAUGAAGCACAGCUGUAGUAUUUACGAUAAGCGAAGCAUCAACCUUGGUGAAAUAUCGCAAAGCCCACGGAUUGCCUCGAAGCCGAUCCAGAUUCCAGAAAUUCCUCCGUUCCGCAAACAGGCACACUCCACGAUGCACUCGCCCGUCAACCAGAGCCCACAGAACCCCGCACACAUGUCGUCCGCGAACCCGUCGCCGCCGCGGAUCGCCGAAAUUCCACCGUUCCGGCCGCGCAACCGUUCCAAGGAAUGGAUGCCCAACAUCGAGCACACCGAGCACCAUCUCACGAUUGGCCCGAGCGGAGGGGCCGAAUGGGCAAAACGCUUGAAGGCAGCCGAUCCUUCCAUCAUUCACAGAAGUACCGACUGUAUUGUAGCGAAGCAACAAGAGCUCGCUACCGGUUCCGACUCGGAGCUGCUGAAACCAGCACCAUCCUGGACGAACGUGGCGAGCAAAGCCGGCGAUCAGCAACCGGGAACGAGCAACAGUGCUCCAUCGGUAAAAGCCCCUACGGAAGAAGAAGCCAAAGCGGCCGAGCUCGCCGCCAAAAAGUCGCGCCUGAAGCAAAGCCUCGUGAAGCGGGCCCGCUCGGUAGCUAUUUUCUCAUUAAAGCUGAAGGAACAGCGAGCAAAACGCGCUGAAAAGAUGGCCCUUGAGGCGCUGGAAGCAUUGCCUGCUCCACCACCCGGAGGUGAACUGUCGCUGAUACCGAUCGAGCAGCUGAUUCAGGUGGAUGAUGUUUUGAGUCAACGAAACCAUGGAAACACCUCCAGCCACAACAAUGGACACUCGUAAGCUUCACCGGAUCAUGACUACGUCUGUACAAACCUGCUUCGAAGAUAUCCUUGUAUCCUCAACGCUGAAUCACAACCUACUACUAUUAUACCAGAGUGACAGUCUCCUUUCUCUUCUAAUAGCAUAAUACAGAUUAGUGCAGUUAGUGCAAUAUCUUAGUAUGAAGCACCCUGUUCGGUGCGGUGCAAACAACUUCGAUUUGUUUCAACGUCUAAACGCAUAAAACACAACACUUCACAUCAUCGUUACUUAUUUCCCUUACCCGAAGCAAGAGAGAAGAUGCCGCGAGAGUACAUGCUAUGACGAAAUCCUAGGACACUGUGGCAAUGCAUCUUCCAAUUGUAGCGUACAUCUAAUUCCUCUUACCAUUGUUGCAAAAGUUUGAAAGCAACAGGAAUUAAAUUUACAAAAUAUUAUUUAGCUACAGCAUUAUACCUGCACAUCAACUGGUCAGCAUUUACGUUUCAAAAUCAUACGCUUCUGAAAAAGUACAACUGAUUGAGACACCGAAAUAGUUGUGACUUAGAGUUAUUUGCAGUGAAAAUUGAAGGAUAGCAGUCUGAUGCAGUGUGCAUAGCGUAUUGUUUGCUGCUUACAAUGUGUACUAGCCACAUACUUACUGCCUUUGGUUUUGCUACAACAUAUUAUAUUUAUGGAAGGUUGUACUUGAGCUUUAUUUACAGUGCUAAGUAGUUACGUACGCUUAGAGAAAGAGGGGAGUGCUACCGCGGUGAACAAUAAUCAACCAAUCAAUGUUGCGUAUCAGCUACAUGUAUGCUUCAAUCACGGAAAAAGCUUUAGUCUUAACCUAGGUUCAAUUAGAUCUCGGACCGGUCAGGCCCGCGUGUGCAAAAAAAAAACAUCCCACAAACAGUACGAUCAGGUUGAUCGUUCGUUGCCGAGCUGAUCGGAUCGCUUUUCAGUACAAAUCGUUACACAAUCUCAAUACUCCAUGGAAACAGCAAUCCGUCUUGUCAAUUAAGAAAUUAUGCACUCCCGUCCAGGGCGGGAUCGGUUUUACGGAUAACACAAUAACCAGGUGGGAAGGUUUUUACAAGCCCAACCCAACAGUAAUCCACCCACAGGCAAACAAAUCAUACAAAAAUGUUGACAUUGGUUACAAACCUACACUAUGCGUACCGUUACAGCACUAAACUGAACACUGAUUAUCGAACACUAGAAUCAAAAUAAAAAUGGCAUCGAAUCAAAACACUACACAGUUACAGCGUUAUUGCGUGAUCCUUACACUAUGAAGGUAAAGCCAGCAUUGCGCAUUUAAAUUUCACACUCCCUACCACUUACUUUAUGCUGCUCUUGCCUAUUGCUCAUCAACGCUAGCUUGCACCAUGUUUGCUCCCUUUCGACGUGAGCGCUAUUCACACUAUCAAUAUGUAAACUAAGAAAUACAUGGAAAACUGCAAACUCAUUGAAACAAGCUAUAAAAGCUAUCAAAUCUGACAAAAUUCUAAAGUUUUCAAACUUAGCUGUAAAUCGUAAUCGUAGCAUUAAUGAUGCCGUUUGUACAGUUACACGCUACAUAUGCGCUGUUUUGUUGCUGUCAUACGCAACGCGUAGGGAUUGUUGAGCGUGUUUUCUUUUAUCAUACGAAAUUAAAAUCAACUCGAAAUGUGAGACGGUUUUGCAUAGAUCGGUGAGGCAGGUUGGUUUUUGGACUGAAUGUAUGAUUUGCUGCAAUGUGCAAUGGAACUGGAAGUGGAUAUAAAGGUCAUACACAUGCGAGAAACGAUGGAAUGAACCACAAUGAGACCCGUGAUGACGAUGGUUCGUCAUCUACUGAGAGUCAGAUAAAUCAUUAGCAGGUUUUGCAUUUAGCUUUCGCUAAAGUAUGAUGUACGUGUUUUCAUUGGAUUGGAGAAAUGGUUAGAAGAAUGGUAUUAUUAGGAGUUCCGAGAAGCUACCAACAUAUGUCACCUAUUAGCUUUGAGUGGGUUUUGGGUUUGAGCUUGUUAAAAUAUAGGACCUUGCAGUUCGAGGAUGGUAGAGCUUCAGAAACAGACAAAGGUGAUCGCGUAGCAGGUUGAUCAAGCUGUACAAAAAAGAAAAUGGAUAACAAUUACCAAUUGACAGCAGUAAAUCGUUGACUACGUUGUUUUACGAACAGUUACGAAACGAUUCAAACACAAAACGGCAAAUGAGUUGGAAGGAGCGAUCGUGCUCCAGAACACAACUGGAAUCAAUAAAAUAAUACAAAACAGUGAUCUUAAACCAUGUUAAUGUUUCAUGAAACAGUAUUAAA